AUGAAAGUCUCCUUUUCCACUCUACUCGUCCUCGCGGUAUCCUUCGCCGGCCUCGCCUCCGCGACUCCCGUCGAACUCGAACGUCGCAUCGACGCCAAGGCGACCGCCGCGCCCGACGCCUUCCUGCGCGCGCGCUGGGUGACGACGCUCACAGAGACGAUCAGGGGGAGCCUCACGACGGAGACGAGGACGUACGACUCGCCCACCCCCGGGCCUUCGGCAUGA